AUAGAGCAACUGAGAAACUCUGUUGUCGAAAAAGGCCGAUUUUUACACUUACAAGAGGACUUGGAAAGUCAAAUAAAUGCGCACGUGAAAUCUGAUGGUGCGAUUGCAGAUGCAAACAGAGAGGUUUGCACGAAAGACAAAUCAACAAAAGGCAACCACGAAGAGGAAUGUAAGCUAGACAAGACAGCUGUAACGCGAGACAAAGAUUCUCUAAGGUGGUGUUAUGUUAAAACUUGCCUUGAACUUCUUAAACUUCUGAAAGAAUCCUUGAUUGAACUGAAAAGGGAAGGCGAGGGAAGUGGAGAGGAGUCAGCUCAUGGCAAAGGUGGUAAUGAUGCACCUCGUUUGCCUGCAGAUUCGUUAAGUGUUGGGGAUCAAAAAACCGUGCUAACAGCUCUCCAGUUUGUGGUAAUUUUAGGCAUUUCGCCUAAUCUUCUUCCAGGUGUCGGAAUGCCACUGGAAAAGCGUUCAGGAUUUGCCAGUGUACUAAACAUUCAGUUUACGAUUAAGAGUGAACGACGUCUAUUUGAAUGCAUAGAUACACUGGUUGACUGUGUAGCACAGCCUUCACUGGGUUCUCUUGUUUUAUCCAGACAUUUGGGAGACAUUUUGUCUGGUUUAAUACAGAUUUGUUAUGCACCUGUGUCAGCUUAUUCAAAUGCUAAUAAUGACACUAACAGCAACAUAAGCGGUUCAACAUGUGGUGAAGUAAACAGACGUUCAGCUGAGGAUACUGGGCUGUUAGAUGACAGUCAGAAAAGUGUGGAAAUUCGUGACUCAGAGGCAGUAUUACCAAUUCCAAAUAGUAAUUCUAGUGUCCAGCUACACCCAUAUGAUGCAUGUAAAGUGUCAUGCAAAUCUGUUGAAUUGGAUGGUGGAUUAUUUAUAACUUCUGUUGAAAGAGAGAAGUGCAUCUGCAAUCUGGAGAGAAUUCUUGAUCGUGUCUAUCAACCAAUAGUAAUACAAGAACUUCUGCUACUUCAAGGGAGUCGAGCACAUGCUAGCAAACAAUCUGUUAAAGAUAAUGAGAGAUCAAGUACUUCAGGAGAAAACAAGAAAACAGGGGGAACGAAACAAUCAGUGUCAUUGUCACAGACUCCCAAGUGGAUGACAAAUAUUUGUGGACAGCUUCUUUCUGAAAGGCUAAUGAAACCAAAUGGAGUCAAAGCAGUUUUACAUGGAUUUCUUGAAGGAUUGGCAGGUUGUCAAUGCUGAUAAUCAACUUUUGUAAUAAGUGUUAUUGUUUUAUUACUGUGCGUUGCUAUAACCGAGGCAACCUAGACAAAGUCGACCAAUUGGAUGACAGGAAAAUAACAGUACAUUCCGAGAAAGCUAGUUGUCAAUCUCAUAAUUACCAUGACAUGAAAUCAACAACGACUUGAGGUCACUAGUUAUUGCAAAAUGUGGCAAUGGUAAUGGAGAAAUUGCUGGUAGAUAACAAAAUAACAGCUUGUGUCAAACAAAUAUGUCUCCUGGGUGUUAUAUGUAAAGUUUCAAAUAGAAAAACAUUGUCGGGUGAAACAUUUCGCUUUCUUGAAAAACAUUUGCUAUCAAUAUUUAAUUUUUGUGUUUCGAGUAACAUAUUGUUUUCUUAUGAGCUGCUGAUUAGCCCACAACCAACUUUCUUGGAAUUUAUUGUUAUUUUCCUGUAAUCCUAUUUGUCAACUUUGUCCAGGUGAUCCCGGUGCCAAAUUAAAUCAACAAACUAACUCAAGUCAUGUUAAUUGCUCAUAGACCUUAUCACGGUUUUGGAAGCGAUCUUGUCAGGUAGGCAACCGCGUGAAAAAUAACAGUGUUUGUAAGCGAAUAACGUCCAAAAACUUUCUUGAAACGACUGUUCUGAAGAAAGUAGGAAUUGUAAAGCAAAGCUAUGCAGCAAAGGAUUCUACUAACAAAUUUUGGAGGCUGUACCUGUGCUUAAAUUUCUACACUGUUGCUUUUAUUAGAUUUUCCAUGUGCCAGUACAUAUAUUUGUUUGCAAUUUUCCUGAAAAAUAUUAGUAUGCAGGAAAAAAACAUUUUACAGACAAAUGUAUAAAAAAAUUUUAAAAAGUGGUUCUAGUGCAGGUAACACCCUCAAGUUUUUUCGGUAGAAUCCUUAGGAAUGAAGCUUUAGUUUACAAUUCAUAUUUUUUUUCAGAUCAGUUUUUUUACGCAAAUUAUUCGACAUUAGAUUCUCAUAUAAACACUGUAAUUUCUCACAUGGUUGCCUACCCAUCAAGAUGGCUCCCAAAACCGUGGUAAGGUCUGUUGUGUUUGAUCUCUCUGUCAUCUGCUUAGUUGUCUUUGAUAAUUUCAGGACAAGCUGAUUCACCUGAUUGGCAGAAGUGCGAUGUUAUUGCUAAGGUGAUUGCUAACUGUCCAAGUAAGGCGGAAUCCGUUGAACAAUACUACCAGUUAGUAUCGUCACAGGUGAGGUGGUUUUUAAACACUUAACCUUUUAAGUCCCAGGAGUAACCGAUAUCAGAUGCAUUAUUAAGAGAAAAAGUGUGAGAAUUAGUAAAAUGAUCACCAAAGGAAAAUGCUUUGAUCUUUUAUCAAAUUCUUCAAACUAAUUCAUAAAAGAAAUGUAGGGAGAUCAGUUUGGAGAAUUUGUAUUUUGAUGUUGGGGCUUAAUCGGGUAAAUGAACUAGGGGUAGUUUUCAAAGAAGCUGUGGUGUGACAUUGAUGGGGCAUUGGUUUUGGAGUGAAGGAUAAAAAUGUGGUUUUAUCAACUGAGUUGAUAAAGUUUGACUUUAAAUAUAUGAAUUAAGUGAUCAAUAUAUCUAAACUGCAGAUUAAAGAUAUCUUUGAGUUAGUAAAGUCAAUUAACCAUUUUAAAAAGAAGCAAUCUUUUUACAGACUGAAUUACAAUGACCUAAUCAACUAUUAAACAAAUCUUUCCUAACAGAUUUCACUAUAAAAAUUAACGUUUAAAAAAAAGACAAAGUUUCGACAAACCAGCAGUCAUUUUCAAGUUCAGAAGUAAAAAAUUAGCAUGUGCUUAUAUACAAUAAUUGUCAAAGGGCUAAUGAGCUACUGACUAAAAAACUCUAAAAUAUUUACAUGGAAACAAUGCAAGAAAAAUUACAUCAUAAAUGAUAACAGAAACACUAAAAUGAUAAAAACAAUAAAGGAUAUUUUAAAGUGAAAUAAUUUACAGUGAAACCUCUGUUAAGCGGACCCCCAAUUAAGCGAACACUAAGCCGGGUCCUGAAAUUAAUGUCUUAUAUUUCCCUUUAUAAUGAACCCAUUUUCAGCGGACACCUCUAUUAAGCGGACGCAGACACUAAAAUAAAUAUUGUUAAAAACCUCUAUCAAGCGGACGCUGGACUCAAUUGACAAUAGUAGUAUUGGAUUAAGUCCUUGAAAUGCGUACUGAAGUCAGUUAAUGUUUUUGUAUUUACAAACAAAUUAAAGUUGGUAAUGAAAGGUAAUGAACUUGAACUCUGGAUAGCUUCUUUAAUAACAUGCAACUUUAUCACAGUACAGAGUAACUGUUGAAUGUUGAUCACUAACAAACAUUGCGCAACUUUUACAACCUCCAUUAAGCGGACACCCUCUGUUAAGCAGACACUUGGGAAGGUCCCAAAGGUGUCUGCUUAAUAGAGGUUUCACUGUAAUCAUAAAAUAAAUAGCUUCGCGUGGAUUGAGUCACACUCUUUGUUUAGUUUUGGUUUGAGUUCAUGAAUAAAGAGCAUUUCAGAGGUCAAGCAGUUGAGUUUGCUCUGACACUUUUUUAAGAUUUUGAAAUUGCUUGUAACUGUCUCCAGAUCCUUUCCAUACUCAUCCUUUAUGUGGUUGCCGAUUGUUUAUCGCUUGUGUUCCUCCACACGUUGAUGUAAGUGUUGACUCAUGAAGCCAACUUAGUCUGCAUCACACAGUGUGACCACACUUGAAAUAAUAAGCAACGUUUUGUUGAUUCACAAUUGGAGUUCAUGUUCCUUUGGUUUGAUUUUUCCUUUGAUCUUCUGACUUGUAUAAACAGGCUGGACAUCAGCAUCAAUCUUUCAACUGAGGUCACUGAGUUGGUGUCUUAGUACAUUCACUGAUUUCUGGUCUUUGAAAGUAAGACAAUUCUGAAUUGAGCAUCGUGUUCAUCAGAUACCCAUAAUUGUUUAGAGCAUGCAUUCUCAGUAAUCUUCAUUUCAAUGAAGUGUCUGAUGGUGUUCUCUACGAGGGUUUCAGGAUAAUUGCAAGCGAGCAGAGACCUUUUUAAGACAUUCACAUUCCUGAUGGAAAAACUGCCAAUUUGAAGAGAGUUUAAGUACCCAGUUUAACAUAAUGUCUUCAACAGAGAAUGUUUGUACUUGACAUCAACAUGGCUUUCGUUAUGCACUAAAAGCCCAAUAACGGUUGGUUUCACGUAGACCUUCAUGUUUUGUCCGGAGCCAUUACUAAUAAUCACCAUUCCAAGAAAGGGAAGCUUGCUGUUGUCUUUGAGUUCCAUUAUGAGAGUGAGUGAGGGGUGCAUUUCAUUCUGUCGACAAGAAUUCAGAGACAGAUGAAACAUUGGCCAUUUUGCUGAGGGUGUCAUUGACAAAGCGGUUAUAGAAAGCAGGCAUCUUGUUUUGGUUUGUCAAUUGUUCUUCGAUAUUGCACAUAAAUGCAUUUGCCAUGAGCAGCCCGAGAGGAGAGCCCAUAGCAACCCCGUCCACUUGUUCGUACAAAUUUUCUACGAAUUAAAAAUGCUGGUUUUUUGUAGCAACCUCUAACAGCUCUAUGAGGUCAGUUUUUGUGAUGUUAAGGUCAUAUUCUGGUCUAUUAUCGAUGCUGCGUUCUGAUUGGCUGAGCUACUACUAGGCUAUAUGUUAUAGCCUACUAGUAGCGAAAAGCGCGGGCUUUUAAGGGUUAAAGUCUAGCUUUAACUAGCUUAAUUUUUUUUUAUUCUCGAUAUUUUUGACCAACUAGUUGGAUUUUACUAAAACAAUUAUUCUUCUCGCACUUAUGUCCUCUAAGUCAAUAGCCCAUUUGGCCUUUGGCCUCAUGGGCUAUUGACUCAGAGCCCAUUCGGGCUCAAGGAAUAAUUGUUAAUCAUUAGUUUCGGAGAAAUUCUCUUUGAAAAACCCCAAAAUUUUCAAAGAAUGCAUGAGAUCAUUAACGUUUUGCACCCAGUAAUUUUGCAGUUUUUAGUUGCUGUUAUUUUCUUUGUUACUGAUUGCAAAGAGAUGAAACUUGCACAAACUGCGUAAAUUAACCAGCUCUUGUAAUUUUUGAACCAAAUUGGUAUACACCUAUUUCAAUUAAGGUUGCUCCCGUGAACCAUGGCCUGCAGUGCACUAUAGUAAACCCUUUUGAGGCGGGAAGUUCAAUCAAUAUAUCAAUUUUUGCGUAUUUCCCAUGAGGAGAUUACAGAAAAAGGCUGGGAAGGUACUGAGUAGGCUUAUCAAGAAAAUCUUAUUAAUGAAGGCGAUAAUGGAUAAUAUAACUACCGUCAGCAAGUUCCUGCAUUCACGAUUUUUUUUAAUCCCGAAAACGACAAGAAAUCACGUUUCAAAACCCACACCACCUCUCGCCCUCUAUUCUCCCAGGUUCUAACCCACUGACCUCCUCCAGUAAAAAACGUUGACAAAGACGUCUGAACUUCUUAGCUGUCCUAUGUAACAAUCUUGCAUUUUUCUCAAAGUAAUGAGCUUCUCUUUGUUGAAAACGCUUCACACCCAGGCGAAAUUAUGUUGACCCAAGUAUGACGUCACCUCCAGGAUUCAAACCCAGGCCACAUUGUUGGGAGGCAAAUGCUCGGCCCAACUGUGCCACCUUACUCUCUAAAGCUGCUAGUUAUAAUGGUGACUUUUAAAUACUUGAAAUUUUUCAUAAAAUAGAGAUAGGUACAUUUUCGUACUUUAUUUUAUCCGAUUGAGAGAGUAUGGGAAGACAGAGAGGGAAAUUUAGGACGUUGGCAUAAUAAAGUAUGCGACUUUCACAAAAGUUUCUGCCAGGGCACCCCCGUCGCAACAGUUAGAAUUAAAAAUGCUGGUUUUUUGUAGCAACCUCUAACAGCUCUAUGAGGUCAGUUUUUGUGAUGUUAAGGUCAUAUUCCUUGUUAAACAAAGCGUCUUUGAAAGCUUUCUCCACUGGGAUUUCGACUGUUUCAUCCACUGGUACAUUUGUGAACGGACACAAAAGAUUGUAUGACACUAAAUUGUCAUGUUCGUUGAUUUUCAUCUCAUGAAGAUCAUCAACAAAUGAGAAGAUGUCACUAACAGUGUAGUCGUUGAUGGACAAAGGUUUUAGGUUUUCAUCUAGCCAGCUAGCAAGUUUGUAGCAUAAGUUCCUGUUGCUGACAGGAUUGGAUAGACCACUAGUUUCUUCUUAUUGGUCCUUGGUAGCCAUAAAGGUGUGCAAGCCUAGAAUCCUUUUGAAUCAGUGGGUCAGCAAUGGGUUUUUUUUCUAGCUGAAUAUAUACUAUAUAUUUUAUAUUUUAUUAGCAGAUGUAGAGCCACUUUUUUAUGGAAAUGCUGUUAAUUUAAUAAAACAUUGUUAUUAUUAUUAGUAUUAUUUGUGAAUUCAAACCAAAACUGAACAAACAGUGUGACUCGAUCCGUGCAAAGCUAUUUAUUCUUUUCAAUUUAUAUCUUAUAUAGUUUUUAUUGUUUUAGUGUUUCUGUUAUCAUUCAUGCUGUAAUUUUUCUUGCAUUGUUUCUAUGUAGAUAUCUUGGAGUUUUUUAGUCAGUAACUCAUUAACCCUUUCACAAUUGUAUAUACUAAGAACAUGCUAAUUUGUUACUUCUGAACUUGAAAAUGAUUGUUGGGCAGUCAAAACGUCUUUCUUUACUAUAAGUUGAUAAAUAAUGGUAAUAGUACUGAAUGGAGUCCAAUUCGUUCUGUACUCAUGUGAGGUGAUUAACAAAAACGCAUAACUGUUCUGUCACUGAUAAUAUUAAUCAUAACUAUAACAAAAUUUGUGAUAUACUAAAACACAAGAUCUUUGAGAGUUUUUUGCCAUACAUAAAAAAGGCCAUUCAAGUGCAUGUGUGCAAUGGCUCGUUCUGCCCAAUUCCCCAGGCAUGUUGUGUAGUGUCCACUUACACUGUCAUAUUAAUGCUGAUUAUCAGAGCUGCUGAUAGCCAAUCAGAUUAGAGAAUUAUGUUACAGUUAUGAUUAAACUAAAUAUUUGUGUCUUAAAAACUUAGAAGUAGUUCAGUCACAGAAGCUUCUCCUACACUAUACCAACUAGAUAUGGAUGGCACCUCAUUAAAUGCAUUUUCAACAGAUUUAAUGGCAGCAGACAAAUGAAACUACAGUUGACUCCCAAUAACUUGAACAUUCAAGGGAAUUCGAAACAAGUUUAAGUUAUUGGGAGAUCGAAGCAAAUAUUUCAGGGUGUUCAUUAAGAAUUCGAGUAGCAGGAGAUCAGAAAGGUGUAACAUCACAGCAGAAUAUUUUGAAUGAGUCCCGACGUCUGAGUUAAAAUUGUCAUAUGCUACCAAACGGUAGCCAGAGAAUUCUGCGUAGUAAAUGAAGAAUUCUUCGAUCUCUGAUGCCUAAUGAACAUGCUGUAAGGAAAUGGGAGGGGGGAGGAAUGCAAGUAUCAUGCACACUUCCCUUCAAGGGCAGCAAGAGGUAUAUUUAUAUUUUGAAGAAGGAAUUCUAAACAAACCUUGAUUAAUCAGUACGUGGCUAAACAUUGUAUUUAAUUUGACAAAAAAAAGUAAAGAUAAAUAAUACAUGGUUGUUUGAAAUAUAUUCAAUGUAUCGAACUGCAGCUCACUGCUUUUUUGACUUGUCAUGUGCAAAAAUUACUGCAAGUUAGUGAGGGUUCAAGUUUUAAGGAGUCAACUGUAAUAUGUUGGUGGAAUCUUACUUUGUGGAUGCCUUGAAAAAUUGAUAUCAUUCCUGAUUAAGGAUAUUCUGAUAUUAGUAAGAAAUAUGAUGAAACAUUCUCAUGGCUGGUACACUUCCUCAGGCUAAAAAAAAGAAAAUAAUUAUGUGUGGAUAAGAGCAAAUCUGAUUGGUUGUUUUAGAUCAGACAAAGUUCAGCAUCAACAAAAAUACUGGCAAUUUCCUGCUUGUGAUCUCAACACAAUAAGUACACAGACAGGGACAAAGGCUUAUUGGACAACUAAAAUGUUUCUCCUGAUAUUAAAAAUAUAGUACUAUUCUGCAAAUUUUCCUGUCAACAGGUGUUAGAGUUGUUGCAUGGACAAAAUGCUGGUGUUGGUCGAUUGUUCAUCAGAGCUGCUUCAAGUAUUAUCAGAGAGAUGUUAGCUCAGUACCCUGAACUGGCACAGAAGUACAUCCUAUCUUUGCUGCUAGAACCUUUAGCAAAAACCACUAAGGAGAUUGAAGGUACCAGUACAUGUAUACGGUAUGUGUGAAUUGUUAUAUGUACGAUUGGAUUGUAGUAGUAGUAAAGGGGUGUGGAGGGGUCUGCAAACCAAUAAACCCUCAAAUUAUGUGGGGGAUAUGAAUGUUGCAGAGCACAAUAUUAUUUUAUGCAGCUGGUCUAUAACUAGCCUCUCAUGCAGAUGUUUCUAGGGGUUUGUCAUGUGUUCCUGUCCCAUGAACAUUUGCUGAAAUGAGCUGCCACUUCCGUUGGUAGAUAAGGACCAAUCAAAGUCCAUUUUCCAACUUUGGGUAAACUUGUGUUUGUUAUUUAAAAUAUUACUCAGGACAAGCUAGCAGACUACAAAAGGUUAAGUGCCAUGAUGUCUAAAACGUUUGGCAUUAGGGAGUUGAAACCGUAUCAAAAAGAAACUUUAGUCCAAUUUCUGCAGAAGAAGAAAUCUCCUAACUGGAUGUGCCAAGUCGCUUAUUUAUCAAGCUUUACCGUUUAUUUUCAACUCAAUUUUUGAACCUGCUGGCCAUGUUGUUGUUGUGGUUUUGCUGCUUGUAAAUUGUAUCAAAGACCAGGUCCACAAGCAGGUAAAUCUUGGAAUUCUUACCGCCUCUAUUACAGGGUUUGCACAGUCUUGAAAAGUCCUUGAAUUUUAGAGGAAGUCCUUAAAAAUUCCUUGAAUUAUCAGAGAAUUUGAAGGUUAUUUUACAUAAAGUGCUCUAUGUUUUAUGCAAUAAUUGACUAUCAAUUUAAGACAAGUAAACUGAAAAAUGUAGAGAAGUUGGUGAAGCAAACAGUUCAAGCCUUAAAGUCUUAUUAGAAUGGACUGGGAAUGUGCAUUUUUGAACAAUUUGUGAAAUUGUAUUCCUAUUCAGACUUUUUGCACUAGUCUUAUGAAAUGUAUGAUAGGUGGGUUAUUUGUUUGUUGCUGCAUCUUUUUUGUAGUGGGCAAAAAUUGGCUUGGUACAGUUUGUACUCAUUGGACGAAAACAUGUGCAAUCCUUGAGCCCUGCAGAUGAAAAGAUUGCUCAUCAAUCACUCUUUUCAUUAUGCCUUUAAUAUCGAUAGCACUGAAUCCAAAAUCAAACCCUGUCUUUCCCCAAGAUAGAAGCACAAAGAAAUCUUUCUGAAUAACCUUCUUAAGAGCUGAAUGAGAACAUGGAAUAUGAUGGAUAUUUUGGUGAGAAGUUAUCGCGAAAAUUACUUCACGGGUGAACCACAGGUGUUGAUUUCUCUUCCUUUAGAGCAUGUGAUCGGCUUUACACUUCACGAUCAGUCAAUGCUGAUUGGUUUCUUUAAACAAAAGCAAAUGGCCAAAGAACAGGGAUGUGUGAUAACCCCUAAGAAUGUCUGCGUGGGAGGCUAGUCUAUUAUUAACAGCGACAAAUUCAAACAGCCUUUUCCUUAAAGUGCGAUUGGUUUGAACUACUUUUUUUCUAUACUUAGGGGAUGUUUCAGUUCUGUUUGUUGAUGAAUUUGCCGUAAUGAGAUGUGUUGAAGAUAUUCACAAGGUACUAGACAAAAUCCAAAGUUUGAGUUGUGAGCUUAAUCCUGUUGUUUUGGUAUCCAAAACAUUGUAUGAUAUUUCUUGCAUGGUAUCGUUAUUUUGUCUGAACCUGUGAUUUGUUUGACUGAACCUUCCUCUCCCUUGGGCUUGCUUUGGAGGACCUCUUCAUAUAUCCUGCACAGAUUGUGCAUCAGUAUCAUUUUCCUUUGAGAAGUGAUGACCUUGCCCAAGAGGCAUAAGGACAGAGGUUCUGCAAGUUUGGUUUGGAAAGUUUUAGCUGUCAAUUAGUCCGUCCACUUAAGUUUUUCUAAAAUAAAGUUCUUCAUCUGUUAGGUUUUUGUUGUUGGAUCACACUUCAGUGGUUUAAAGUUUCUGUCAGCAAUUGUUCAUCCUGUUUUUGAGCUCUUUUGUUUCACAAGAAGAGGUGUGUCUCAUCUUAGGUAAGCACAGCAAGAUUUGCUUUACUUGAAAUUUUUUGUUGAAUUUUGUUAAAUAAUUAUUUAAUUGUGUAAAGGGAUUUUAAAGAGACUAUUAAAAAUAGCUAUCCAUAAGGAGGGCAAGUAUAGAGAAGAGAUGGGAGAGAAAGAGAAAGCCUACCUGAAAACACUGUGAAAAUGAGAAAACCCCCUUAUCAGCCCAGUCAAAAUGUGGCAUCAGCAAGCAAUUUUGCAGCUUUAAGUGAAAUAUUUGCCAUCUAAUCAACACUUAGGUUUAGUAAUACACUUAACGGACACCCACUUAAUGCGGACACCUCAUAUAAUUAUGGACAGUUUGCUUUGCCCCUUGGGGAAAGAAAGCCCUUAUAUUUUCUCUAAAUUCAACCUGCUUAUUACAGACACCCUUUUAAUAAAGACCCUUUCUAUGGCUCCCUCAGUGUCCCUAUUAACAGGGUUUGACAGUGUCAAAAAACAACCACACAAAUUUAGGUCUUUGCUGCCUGUUUCUGUGGUUAUCCUGCAUACAGCUGUAAAACAUUUUGACUGGCCUGCCUUAUUAAUAAUAGUUAUAUUCUGGAAGGCAGUCCAAAAUCAAAAUGCUAACAAAAUUACUAAAUAGUUUCCAUCUCGGCUCUGACAGAGUUUGAAAGAUAGCUACUGUUGUAAAUGUAAUGUGUCUUGCCUUUUUAUGUGUAGAUUUAUGACAUAGUUAGUUUUAUCCUUGAUCUUUGUUUUGUCCCAGUUUUCUGCCAUUGCAGUAGAUUAACAGAAUCACAUUGCAUUAUUUUCUUUUUGUCAUUGUAGAAUUUGUUUCUCAUGAAUCACUUUUAAUUCUUGUGCAGCUAAUUUUGACCUAACCAUGAAGGUUUCAAUGUCUCCAAAUUGUGUGUGCCUAAAAUUUUACUUUAACCAUGAUAGCUUUUAGAGGAGGAAAUGCCCCUCCGCUAUAAACUAUCACUUCAUUGGUGACAACAUCUGUGAAGCUUCGUCAAAAUGUCCCCUACAUAAACAAGAAGGUAAAAAAUUAGGCUCUUUCCAAAGCCAGUUAGGUGGACUGUUAGAAGAUUUCUUGAUGAGAGUGUAGAAAGAUACUUUGCUACCCUCUUAAGCCCAUGAUUUAUGAACCACAUCCAGCUGAGAUGAGAGAUGUUCUCAACAGCAAAAUGAAAAAAUACAUUGCUGCUGUAGCAAAAGAGUUCCAUUAACUUACAAUUGACUACCAGGCGUUAAUUCAUUAGUACUGUACUCUACUAAUCAGAUGCUCUGUUUGCCAAGUUACAGAGUUUGCAAAUAAACAAUGAGAUUGGGAAGGUGUAUUUUUUUUUCUCCCCUUCCCCUCCCCUGCCUCAUUCUUUUGCCGUAAUCAACCCCAAGGGUUGUAAUUUAUUUAUAUUAAGAUGGUGCAUGGCCAUGGCAUUACAAACAUAAACAAGCAAUUUUCUUUGCCUCUCAAUAACUGCCUGUAUUGCAGGCUAAAUAAUUCUUUGAGUUUGUCUUUCAUAUUAUUAGGAAAACAAUGGACCAUUUCUCAGCCUUCUCUUUUAUUUCAGGUCUGCACUUCGAGAAAUAUUGGUCCACAUGUUAAAACAUGCUGAGUCAUGUACAGCCCUUACAAUGUUGUAUACUUUGGCUUUCAAGCAGAACCAACUGCAGAACUUCAUAGUAACAAAAUCUUCUCUUGAUUUUGACCCAAAUAACAUGAAGAAUGACAAAGAAGAUAUUUCUGUAAAUCUUAUGAGUGACCAUUUUGUAUUUGCUCAUGGAGAUAAUGGUGGAGUGAUAAUCAAAUAUAAAAAUAAUAAUGAUGACGAAAGUAGAACUGCUGAUGGCGUCUUAAACCCUUUACAAGGUGAUGAACUGAGUCACAGUGAGGUGCGAGCACUGUGCAUUGUGGAACUUUUGAGUGCACUGAAGAAGGACAGUCUUGCCGGAGACUUCUUUUUAUAUUUGGUGCAAGAAUUAACAACUCUCAUAGCAAAUUUCUCUGGGGAUAUGGAGACACAAGGUAAGGUUUUUUCUCAAGUGUGCAUGGUACUGAUGAUUUGCAACUUGUGUUAGGGUUUAGAGAUUCAGAGGCAGAUUCAUAAAUUUUUGUCAACGGUGUCUAACGUAACUUAUGCAUACUGUUGAAUCCGAUAAUUUCUACCCUUUGAGUCCAUAAUAAUGAUUAGUUUCUAUUAUGUAGACUUACGUUGUGAUGUACACAGUCAACUUUGGCAUUCUACUCAUAGAAACAAACCUUUGUUUGAAACAUUUUUAGGUGACAAAAUAAUUUUGUAUAGAUUUUGGCCCGAUUUGAAAAAACUCCUUCACUUUUUUUGGCUGUCUCUGUAGCUAUCAGAAGUAUCCAGAAUGUUCAAGGUUUUUUGGCAGGCUCUGAAGACUUUUUUAUUUUGUUUGGCAUUCGCGCAAUGAAUCAUUUUUUGCACAGUAUUUGGUUGUCAAAUGAUUGCGAUUUUUUUUUUCUUUGGGUGUACUAUUUGUUAUGUUUUCAUGUUUGUCAGUUUAUUUUUCAGCACUUUAAAAUCAUGUGUAUAGUUUUAGUGUUACAUGUACAUGUAUAUAGAUAAAAAUUUUUUAUCUAUAUCUUUAUUUUGAAUGAAAUCCUUAAGAUAAAAGUGUGAAAUAUUUUGGUGGUAAUAAUGCAUGUAUGUACGAUGGGUAGCCAAGUGCAGGAUGAAAAGUCAUUAAAAAUGCACUGUGUACUGUAGGCCAGUAACACACUCUAAUCAGCCAAUGAGCUUCAAGAAUUUCAUACAGUGCACAAAUUUUGUUUCACCCCAGUCCUAAAUUGCCAGUUUGCUAUAAUUAUGGUUCUUUUACCAGGUGGCAUUCAUACAAGGAUCAGGCCAUAAUCACUUUUCAAGUAAUAAGUGUUUCUGGUGAUGGCAUGAAUAUCUUAUGAAGGGAGAAGAAGUUCUUUCAUUAAGUUACUCUGCUGUUUUUCUUUACACGUAUUUAAUAUAUGAUGUAACUUUCUCUAUGCCAUCAUAUUUUUCUGAUUGUUAGAAGGGUGGCCGCCAGGGGGGUGGCACUAGGUGUUUCCACAUACCCUGUGUUGAGCUCGAGUUAUUUGAUAAAAAAUUACGACCACAAAUCCUUAGCUCAGAAAUAUUACACAUAGCUUUCCAUGAUUCAUUUUUUAAUAAAUAAUUGGCUUUUUGCAGGCACUCAGCAGAGUCUCUUGAUCCUCCAUCUUGUUGCUUUGAUGUGUGAGAAACUGGGACCUUCUAUUCUGAAGAACACUUCACAGAUGCUGGCUUUCAUACAAUCCACACUGAAGCGUGUUUGCACUGUUCUUGAAGCAGAUGAGGAGGGACUGGCUACUGAAUUCCUUACAGAGACACUGACUAUGUCCUUAGGGAUGCUAUCAGCUCUGUUGGGUGGGGCAGCUGAGGUACUCUUACAUGUAGAUCUUGUUGAUGCAUUCAGUUAGAGCUCAAUGAUCUUGUCACAAUUUUGGCCUGCACAAACCAUAAAUUAGGUAGAAGCUUACACUCUAUUCCUUUCGAGAAAGAUUAAGUUAACUUAUAAAACCUCUAGUGCAGGUCCAGUGUAUUGAACUAGAUCUUUGCCAGUGAACAUUGAAUUAAGGUUUCCCAUCACUGUGAAUGUGCAAAAAAUAAAAAAAUAAAAAAAUAAUAAUAAUAAUGGUAAUAAUAAUAAUAAUAAAUAGAUAGUAAAAUGAAAUUAUGUAUAAAAUCAGAAAGUGUAAUGUUAUUGAAAGAAAAUUAAAUUCGAGCUCUGGAAGUACAGGAAAAUGCGGCUUUCUCGAUGAUUAAUUUCAGAUCAAAAGAGAUGAUAGGCCUCUUUUUGAGGAUCUUCUGCCAUUAUUGGAGAAACUUUCUGAAGAACAUCCGACGGUAGAGGUACAAGACAUGGCCAGUGAUCUACGCAUUACCAUAGCAACACAUGGUGCUGUGUGGAGCCACAGAAUGAAUGAUGCUGCAAAAACUCUGGGAAAACCAAAAGAUACAGUUAAGAGGGAAAGUGCAGCAUUUGAAGGUAUUGUUUCAUUUAUUAGCAUGCUGAACUACAUGUAACCAUCUUCAAUAUCUAAAAUCAUAUCUCAAUUGUGGAAUUUGUAUUUUCAGCAGAAAAACAAUCUCAUGAAAGCGUCAGUUCAGAAUUCGAUGAAGCCUUCGCCCAGUUAUGUGAUGCUCUUGUUCCUGUCCGAGGUCACGCCAUGAUAAAACUAGCCUCACUUUUGCGCCGUAGGGACCCCAAAGCCAUGGAAAGUGCCGAUACACUGCUGAAGAUUUGUCUGGAACAGUUAUCGCACGAUGACUCUUAUAUCUACCUGGCAGCCAUACAAGGACUUGUCUCACUGGCGGAUAUCAGGGCUGAUACCGUUAUCCCACGACUCGCUCAUGAGUUCGCUACUUGUAGAAAGGAUAUGACAGCUGAAGUGAAAGAAGGAAAAGAGAAAGGUUAUUAUUCACCAGGCAGUAAAGGUUAGUUUUCUGUUACUAUAUUCAGUAUCAGUUUUAUCUUUAGUUAUGACUAUUUUUUUAAUCUACUAUGUAAUAGUGUUCUGCAGAGAGCGUCUUUUAUUUUGUUUCGUCAAGCAUGGGAAAACUUGUGGAUUUUCAUUUGUUUGAGUUCUAGUAGUUCUUUAAUUCAUUUUGUGGAAGUGUGUGUGGCCGACGGGUAACAUCUCAAACUCCAGAUGUGGAGGUCCGGGGUUCAAGUCUCGCCCGCCGCGAUUUUUCCUUAGACAAGGAACUUUACUCCACUUUGUCUCUCUUCACCCAUGUGUAUAAAUGGGUACCUGCGACAUACUGCUGGAAGGUAACCCCGCGAUGGACUAGCAUAUCAUCCAGGGGGGAGUAGCAAUACUCCUAGGCAUGCUUCACGCUAAGGAAACCGGGAUAAGCUCCGGCCCCGGUUUGGGCCUUUGGCUCGAGUGCACCUUUACCUUUUUACCUUUAAUUCACUUCGUUUCGAGAAGCUUAAGGCUAUGUUCACGCUAUACCGGAUAACUUUUGCGCCGGCGCGAAAACCAUUUACCGGAUACAGGGAUUCUGUUCACACAUACGAACGGUGAACGGUGAUUUUGGCGCGAUUUCUGUAACGGAGCGAAGCUGCCCCGCGCUGAUCUCUAAAGUUGAGUGAUGUCACAUAUCGGAUAGGUGUUCAUACUACACUAUACUGGAUAGCGUUUCAUGUCGGCACCGCGAAAAGCUAUCCGGUAUAGUGUGAACAUAGGGGGCCAAACAAACUGAGUCAUUUCUUUGUCCAUAAAACACCGUAUUUCCCUGUAAAAAAGUUAACAAUAGAUGGAGAGCGAAGAAAGUAGACACCUAUGAAAAUUUUUUUCGUUAUUUUUUCAGCUGGAAAACACUGUCUGGUGAACUGUUUCUUUUAAAUGAAAGAAGAUUUGUUUAAGCCGAGCAAAGUCGCUUGUUAAAAGUCUUAGCUACAUUCUUUUCGUAAGCUGAUUCCCUGAGAUGUCAUAUAAUCGCUGGCCUCUUCACACAACACGCUAAUAGGAGUGCUAUUUCCUGAUUAUUUUCAGUUUCACAUGUAUCCAGCCGACCUCCCAGAUCUCCAGAGUCCCGGAUGAAGUUGGGAGAAGCACUUGUCAAGGCGACUAGAAACUGUGGUGAGCUGGUCCCUAGAUACUCCCAGCAUCUUUUGUCAGCCUUAUUGACCGGUGUGAAAGAUCCCGAGCCUCUUGUACGGGCCAGCAGUGUUUCUAAUCUGGGUGAUGUCUGUCAAUUGUUGAGGUUCUCGCUGGGUUCAGUAGUAAAUGAGGUUUGUAAUUUACCAUUAAAACGUUGUGGGUUGAAUAAGUACAUAGCCGCAUAUCAUGUAUCAGUUCUUUUUUUCUGGUUGUGGUGCCCUCUUGUUUGAAAAAAAAAAAAAUCAAGGAAUCAAGUGUUACGUGUGGCUUGUAUGUGCAGCGUUUGAGCUAAGCUAUUGAUGGGAGUAGGUUAGAGGCUCUCUAUGGGCACCUGCCGACGCCGAUUCCGUCGCGUGGUUUCCAUCAAAUAGUCGGUUUUUUAACGAAAUCAUCGCUUCAAUAUCAAGAAUUGUUUUGUAAAAAGGGCGCGUCGUCGGCCUCAGGUUUGUUAUUUAGAUGACUAUAGAUGACUAUUUCGAACUACCGACGUAAAAUAAGGACUUUCUAACCUUACUUUGCCUUUAUAACAUACCCAAUUUGUUGUAACAAGCUUUCUAAAUUCUGAUAAAAUGUUUGCUCGCUUCAUCAUGAGAACAAUGCGCUCAUGAAAAAAUCUCUCCUACUGUCUUCUAGAUUUUUAGUUGUGUGUCUGCAAUUCUGAAAACAGACAAGUCUGCUGAAGUUAGGAGAGCUUCGGUACUUGUUAUAACCUUGCUGUUGAGAGGUCUCGGAAAGAAUAUCAUGGAGGUGAGCCAGCUAUGUCAGUUUUAGCUCUCCUUAUUUGAAGAGAACACUAAUAACCAUGAUAACUAAAGGGUUCCCUUUGGAGGACGGCGUUCUGGAAUUCAAUAAAAUUAAUGCGAAGACACGCUUUAGCUUUUUAAAAAGAUGGAAAAUAGCGUGACAUUUAGCUCCUUGAAAGUUUGGUUAACGUUUUCAUUAGCAGCGGCUUUCGCAAAUAUGAUGCAGUUCCCGUAAAUACGGUAGGCUAGUGACCGUCACCGUCUGUCAACUUAUUUACUGUAUGUAUUCGAUUAAGCGCCCGACCUCGCCCCGUCCGUAGCGUCCUGCACGCAGACGUUCUUAGGACGGAACGCGUUACGAAGCCCUAUUAACUUUAAAUUAGCAACGAUUUAUUAACCGUAACAGGAUCCUCUUACUAAUCAUUCCCUUGAAAGUUUCUUAGGGCUGGGUUGUUCAAAGCUGGGUUAGUGCGAAAUUUGAACUCAGAUUUGAAAGGUAAAAAAGCAAAUUCAGUUUAAUUCUUUGUUUCUACAAUAUGAUGAUUGGAUGAUCUUAAAAGUAUAGAGAAAAUUACCCCAGAAAAACGCGGAUGAAAAUUCAACCUCAGGUUAGCGCUAAUCGGCCUUGGGCUUGUACGUAUCUUUUAGAUUUAAUUGUAAAGGGACUCAAACGGUUAACUCUUUGUUGUUGCCUUUUAGGUUCUCAGUUCAACACUAAAAGAGGUUUACCAGUUAUUAAAGCUUGUAGAGGCAGUGGAUACAGACAUUGUAACUCGAACCCAUGCACAAGUUGCAUUGGGAGAACUCAACUCCAUCACAAGAGAGUAUCUAUUUCCUGAACAGACUUUUACUAAGCGCAUUCAAGUAUUACCAUGA